UCAAUCAUGGAUGUCAAGACAGUCGCGAUCAUAGGCGCCGGUGUCAGUGGUGUGUCCUCGGCCAUACACCUUAGGAAUGCUGGGUUGGAAGUCACGGUCUUUGAACGAGGAGAUGUUGCUGGGGGCGUAUGGGUCUUCGAUUCUCGCACAGCUGUUGAACCCGCUUACCCAGCGACCGUGCCUUCUACAGGAGACUCGCCCGCCUUUGAUUCUUUUCUUGAGUACAACAAUCGAAAGACUCGGAGAGAUAGUCCUGUAGGUCAAGACUCGCCAGACCCGAAGACAAAGAUCGAUAAAGAUGAUUUGGAGAUCCUGCAUGCACCACCAGGUGUGUUGGCAACAUAUAUCCAGGAUACCGCUACUGCCAACAACAUACUCUCUACCAUAUCUUUUCGCACAAGAGUAACCAGAGUGGAAAAGAGAGGGAAGAAUUGGGAGGUCAACACUUCAAAGUUGGUCGAGAAGAAUGAAGAAACGGAAAUCAAGAACACAGUACAGCUUUUUGAUGCGGUUGUGGUGGCAAGUGGACACUACCAUGCUCCAAAUAUCCCUGAUUACCCCAAUCUCGAUGCCUGGAAAACUGCUUUUCCAGCACAAAUCACGCAUUCGAAAUCUUACCGCUCACCUAUCCCCUUUGCAGGGAAGAAUGUUCUGGUCAUUGGGGCCGGUGUAUCGAGUACAGAUAUCUGUCGCGAGUUGGGUGGUGUUGCGAACAAAGUAUGGCAGUCGAGUCGAGGAGGCGAGUAUGAUCUGCUACCUACCAUGUUACCAGACAACUGCACUCGCAUCGGAUCAAUUGCCGAGUUCUCUCCUCUAACUACGCAAAAGCUAGCAGACGAUGAUAAACUUCCUGGCAGUGUCGUUUUAUCUUCUGGUAACACUGUCGAGAACAUUCAUCAUGUCAUUCUGGCAACAGGUCACCAUAUGUCUUACCCUUUCCUUCGCCACCUCCACGCCGAUGUAUUGCAUCCUCAUCAAGCGUUAGAGACAACACUAGUCACUACAGGACAAGUGACCCAUAAUCUGCACAAAGACAUCUUCUACAUCCCCGACCCCACACUGGCAUUUAUUGGUGUGCCUUACCACGUAGCAACCUUCUCGCUUUUCGAGUUCCAAGCCAUGGCAGUGGCUGCUGUUUUCUCUGGCACAGCUACGCUGCCAGGAGAGAAGCAGAUGAGAAAUGAAUACAUUGAGAGAAUACAACAUAAAGGGGUAGGGAGGAGAUUGCAUUCGUUAAAGGACGAUGAGGGAGAGAUUUUGUAUGCGAGGGAGAUGAUCGAGAUUGCGAAUCAAGGAAGGAGAGAAGAAGAUAGAGUGGAAGGCCACACGAAAGAGUGGUUUGAGGCGUAUGCGAGGAGAUUGGUGAGGAUGAAGGAGAGAAGAGGCUCAGGUUCAACGCGGACAGAGCUUGUCAAAUCUGUGGAAACAUAG